AGCAAAUUUUCUCCCCGCGUUCUUCGUCUGUGCAUCAUGUGCUAAUCUCUGUAUGAAACCUCCAUGGAACAAAACCAAUGGCCUCAGCAACAACCGCCAAACCCUAUCCCAUACUACUCUUCUCAGCAAUUUGCCUACUAUCCUCUAUAAUCUCAAAAACCUAACGCUGAAACCCUUGAAUUUCCCGCCAAAACUGUCCUUGUUCCUCCCGGGAAUGAUUCUUACGCUUCCUUGAGCUCAUACCCACAUGGGAAUGAUGCCUACGACUCCCACACCCAGGCUUCUGUGACGUACUAUCCUAAUCAGACUGUUGAUGUUGCAGCGCAGUAUUCGGACCCGAAUGCUCACAAUUCUGCAAUCAAAGUGGCAAUCCGGUUGUAUGGAGUCGACCCAGCUGCCGAUGCAGCAACUGGGGAAGAUGUUUUGGGACGUCAUGCAGAUCUAAUAUUUGAGAAAGAUGGGGAUGGCUUGGGUUGAAGCAAAAUUAAAUUUAGGAAGAGAAAUUUGCAGAAGCCUGGGCUUCCCAUAUGAGUGCUUUUCUCUUUAAACAAAAAUAUUGGUCUUUUGUUCAUGAUCUGAUCUUUUGAGUGCCUGACCAAACCCGUUUCUGUGUACUUUCAAUAUGAGCGUUUCUAGAUGUCUGGGCUCAUUUGUCCAGUCGGGAAGUGAAUAAAUGAAACCCAAGGAGACAUGAAAUGAAGAAUGGAGAAUGGAGAUUACAGUCUCCUUGUUGAUCAGAAAAAGAGAUUACAGUCUCCUUGUGAAUAUUAACAUCUCUGAAUGCAUUUAAUUCAAACUUCAGAAAUUAAUGUUUCCGAUGUAUUUGCGGGGUGUCUUCAUUGCUUCAAAUGGUAUUUCAUAGUUGAGCAAUGCAAAUUCGAGCCCUACUCAAUGGGUUAACCCUAAGGCACUGCCUCAUGUGAAACACAACUGCAAGAAGCGUCCAAAGGAAACUAAGAUUUUCCAAGCUACAUAUUGUGAAAUUUGCCAGAUUGAUUGUUCUAGCAAAGAUGUUCUUGAUCAGCAUAAGUUGGGGAAAAAGCACAAGAAGAACUUGGAGAAGUUACAAGAAGCUACUCUAUUUACCCCUGGUGCUUCAGCAGGAUCAAGUAAUCCAGUGAUUGGGCCAGAAGAAAAUUCUAGUAAGGGCAGAACCAUUGAUGAGCAGCGUCAGAUGCUGAUCCAAAAAAAACAUGGGCAGCUUCUGAGAAAGGCAGCCCAGCCUGAGGAGUACUUGGAGACAAAAAAAUGGAAAGUAGUUGAAAGUGGAGCAGCUGCAGAGGCAGUUAGAAUAUGCACAAUUUGUAAAGUUGUAUGCAACAGUGAUACAGUUUUUAACUAUCAUCUUGCUGGAGGAAAGCAUUCCAUAAUGGUGAAGAAACAGGAGCUUGGACAAUAUGACAGCUACUGCUUAAAUUUGGGAUAUUUUGGAUGAGAAAUUGGGGGAAAAAAUCAGACUUUGCAUUAACAAACUAGUUUGAUCUCAACCGUGGGCGCACUAAUUUUUUGGUCUUCUGCUUCUUCUGUCUGAUGAGCGUAAAUCUUGGGUCCAAGCCAAAAAAUAUCCAUUUAAGGUCCCCUUCGGCCGUAAAAAAGAGAGGCCAAGCAUCAAGCUGCCAUGUAUUUUAGUAUUUCAUUAAUUUGUAAUCAGUAAUUUGCUUAUGGGAACAGGAUUUUGAUAUUGAAUGAAAGACUGAGUUUAGA